AAGCUAUGGGGCUACAACCACCACAAGAAGGCCUGCAACCGCUUCAUAUCCGAGGUACACAACACGAAGAAAUCCUGAUCCUACUAUUAUCCCAUCACCCAAUUCAAAUUCGGAACAAUAUCCUGAAGAUUGUGGUAUGCCUGCCACGACGAGUGAUUACAACUCUUUUAUCAUGAAUGGGGUCGAUGUGAAGCAGGGUGAAUACCCCUGGAUGGUUGCUGUGAUGUCCAAAGUUGCUGAAGAUAGUUUUAUAGCCUGGUGUACGGGCUUCAUGAUCGAUCGUCGUCAUGUUGUUUCGGCUGCUCAUUGUUUCGAAAAUACUAAUCCCAGGCGCUUUUCUGCCCGUAUCGGUGAUAUCUAUUACAACAACGGGACUCGAUACGACGUUGUCAAUAUAGUACGGCAUGCAAGUUACAGUUCUCCACUCUACUACGACGAUAUCGCCAUACUGACGCUCGACAGAGAUGUUCAAUUGCCCGGAUUCAACCCAGUGUGCUUGCCGGACAGUGAACUGGAAAAACAAAGCCUUGUUGGAAGUGGUGCCACAGUGGUCGGAUGGGGUGCGUCGAGAUUGGGAGGAGAUAUGAGCCUAGUUCUGCAGCAGCUGAAUUCCGUUCCGAUUGUGUCCAACAGAGAUUGCAACCGUGCAUUCCGGCAAAUGCGAGACUCAUUUUCACAGCAGUUCCCUAGAGGUAUUACUGCCGGAUUCAUCUGUGCUGGAUUUCCGGAAGGGAAGCGGGAUAGUUGCAGCGGUGAUUCAGGUGGCCCACUCAUGGUUCGACAUCGGAAUCGGUGGUUCGUGGUUGGAAUUGUGUCUUUCGGCUACGAAUGCGGUAAACCGAGCUAUCCGGGAGGUUACACUAGGAUCGCCUACUACCUGAAGUGGAUUCAGAGGGUUCUACAGAAGAUUUGAAUUCUGUUCCUGUGAAAAUGUCUGCCGAUCUGAGUUUCAGGAAAAUUGAAUUAAAUCUUG